CCCCCUCAGAAUUAACCUCCUCAUUUUUUCACUUCACAGCCUCUUCAUUUCUCUAUAGCUUUUAGUUCUCAACCCACAAAUCUUAGAGAGGAAUGGCGAUCAGAAAAGCCAACCGGCUUACGCAAACUGCGGUGCUGAAGCAGAUUCUGAAGAGGUGCUCCAGCUUGGGGAAGAAGCAGCAGUAUGACGAACAGGGGCACCCUUUGGACGUGCCAAAGGGACAUUUUGUGGUUUAUGUUGGGGAAAACAGAAGCAGGUACAUAGUACCCAUCUCUUUCCUGACCCGACCUGAGUUCCAGAGCCUGCUUCACCAAGCCGAGGAGGAGUUCGGGUUCGAUCACGACAUGGGCCUUACCAUUCCUUGCGAGGAAGAAGUUUUUCAGUCGCUAACGUCCAUGCUCAGCGCUUAGGAAGGCUUUUCAUGAUUGAUCUACUACCCUUUUUGUGAGAAAAUGGCUCAAGAACAAGAUGAAGCUGCUUUACUUGCUUCUCUGUUUCUUUUUUCAGAUUUUCUCUUUGCGAAUUCAAAAAUUGACUCUGACCCGAGAACAAAUUCAAAAACCCAGAUGGAUACUAUGAUUCUAUUACUAUCUGGGUUUGGAAAUGUAAAUGUUAUAUCAAAGUUUGAGGAAUUCUCAUCUCACGGUGGUGGUUGUGGGGAUUUGUAGUACCAAUGUAACCCUGUGGAAGAAACUAAUAUCAUAUUUAUAAUUAAUAUAUCUGAGCUUGUCUUAAAAUUA